CCCCGUCGUGGGGCCGGCGGCCUUGCGCGGAGGUGUCGUCCGGGGCCGCGUCCUUCCCGGGGCCUUCGCGGGCGCGCUCUGGCCGCGGCGCCCGGAGCUGUGCGCGUUUGCGCCCGGCGGUCACGGGCUUGGAGCGCGGCAGUCAGCCCGCGGGCGCCGUGCCUGGUGGCGCUUUGGGGUUCCGGCUGAGCCCGCGGGGCCUGCCCGCUUUGCCCGCUUCUCCCCACUCGGUUCUGCUCACGGGAUCCCAUGGAGGCUGCGGCGCAGACGGACGGGGCUCAGGGCUGUGUGACCUUCGAGGAUGUGUUCGUGUACUUCUCCCGGGAGGAGUGGGAGCUCCUUGAGGAGGCUCAGAGGCUCCUGUACCGUGAUGUGAUGCUGGAGAACUUUGCGCUUGUGGCCUCACUGGGUUGUUGGCGUGAAGCAGACAACGAGGAGGCUCCUGAACAGAGCGUUUCUGCCGGCGUCUCGCAGCUAAGGACUCCCGAGCCAGGUCCAUUUAUCCAGAAAGCCCACCCGUGUGACGUGUGCGACCCGCUCUUAAAAGACAUUUUGCACUUGGCAGAACGCCAGAGAUCACACCCGUUGCAGAAACCGUACACACAUGGCCCAUAUGGGAGAGGAUUCCUACUCAGUACCGACUUUUCCCAGCACCAGAAGCGAUGUGGCAGAGAGGAUCUCUUCAUAGGGGAUGCCGAGGGGGCCUCACACGUGAGGAGCUGUGCCGUCCCCGUGUCGGGGAGAUCCUUUACGUGCAGGGACGAGGCGAUGGACUUGCUGGACAGCCCUGGCCUCUUCCAGGGCGAGACCACCGGCAGCGGGAGGAGUCCGUACAAAAGGACUGAGUUCAUGGGCUCGUUCCCACCCAGCUCCAGUCUCGGCCAGCAGCGGGGGGACCAUGACGGACUGGUCCUUUUCACCGAUGGUGAGGAAGCCUUCCUGAACACCUUCACUCUCCUCGGCAACCAGAUAAGUCAGACUGAAUUAAGAGCCUUUAGAUGCCCCCCAUGUGGAAAUAUGUCCAAGGAGAAAGCCGCUCUUCUCAAUCCCAGAAAAAUUCACAGUGGAGAAGCAUCACAUGUGUGUAAAGAGUGUGGAAAGGCCUUCAUUCACCUGUCUCACCUAAAAAUGCAUCAGAAAUUUCAUGCCGGAAGAAGACAUUACACGUGCAGCGAGUGCGGGAAGGCCUUCAGCCGCAAAGACACGCUUGUCCAGCACCAGAGAGUCCACACCGGAGAAAGGUCUUAUGACUGCAGUGAGUGUGGAAAGGCCUACAGCAGAAGUUCCCACCUUGUCCAGCACCAGAGAAUUCACACCGGAGAAAGGCCUUAUAAGUGCAGUGAGUGUGGCAAAGCCUUCAGCCGUAAGGACACGCUUGUGCAGCACCAGAGAUUUCAUACUGGAGAAAGGCCGUACGAGUGCAGCGAGUGUGGGAAAUUCUUUAGCCAAAGCUCCCACCUCAUCGAGCACUGGAGAAUUCACACUGGGGCAAGGCCUUAUGAAUGCAUUGAAUGUGGAAAGUUUUUUAGCCAUAACUCGAGCCUCAUUAAGCAUCGGAGAGUCCACACGGGAGCGAGGUCUUAUGUGUGCAGCAAAUGUGGGAAGGCUUUCAGCUGCAAGGACACACUGGUUCAGCACCAGAUCAUUCACACUGGAGCCAGGCCUUACGAGUGCCGCGAGUGUGGGAAGGCCUUUAGCCGUAAAGACACGCUUGUGCAGCACCAGAAAAUCCACACUGGAGAAAGGCCGUAUGAGUGUGGUGAAUGUGGAAAAUUUUUUAGCCAUAGCUCCAACCUCAUUGUGCACCAGAGAAUCCACACUGGAGCGAAGCCCUAUGAGUGCACAGAAUGUGGAAAAUGCUUUAGCCACAAUUCCAGCCUCAUUCUACACCAGAGAGUUCACACCGGAGCAAGGCCUUAUGUGUGCAGUGAAUGUGGGAAAGCCUACAUCAGCAGCUCCCACCUUGUUCAGCACAAGAAAGUUCACACUGGAGCCAGACCUUACGAAUGCAGUGAAUGUGGGAAAUUCUUUAGCCGAAACUCUAGCCUCAUUCUGCACCAGAGGGUUCACACUGGAGAAAAGCCUUACGUGUGCAGCGAAUGUGGGAAAGCCUACAGCAGGAGCUCCCAUCUUGUCCGGCACCAGAGAGUUCACAUUGGAGGAAAGCCUCGCCCUCACGAAUGCAACAGUUUCAGUAACCCUUUAGCUACAUCUCUGAAACUUGUUUAGCACGAGAAAGUUCACACCAGAGAAAGGCCUUACGAAUGCAGAAAAUGUGCUGUCUCCUCGUUCGACCUAAUAGGACUCACACCAGAGAAAACCUCUGUGAGUACCCUUUGUGAGGGAACCAUCAGCCGUCAUUCAUACACGUAUCAUGAGGACAUUCCCAAUAAGUCCCACAUAGUUGGGAAGCUUUCAUGAGGUAUACUGCACUUUCCAGACUACAUUCAUGAGGUAUACUGCACUUUCCAGACUACACAGGGCUCCUGACCGAGUUCUGUCACUGCCAGUGCCUGUGGCGGAAGCCAUCUCUUUGCUACCAGCUGUCAAGGUCCCACAGCGAGUGUCAGUCACUCCGAUAUGCUCAGGGAAGGCAGACCCCCGUGCUAUCUCUCCUGUUCCCUGGAAGGAAUCACGAGUGUUCGGAGCCCAGUGAGGCCUUCGCUUCCUCCCCCAUGACUGGAUUGUGAGUGGACAUGAUCCAGGUCUGGCCAAAAGGAUUUGAACUGGAGUCUGCUGAGGAUUUCCAGACAGGAUUUCUCGUCAUGAGCGAUGUUGACUGUAAACAUAAUAACCGUGGCUCAUUCGUCUUGCUUCCACAUCAUCCAACUUUAGAACUGGUUGCCCUAUGCUGCUCUGAUCUGUGCAGUGAUACUUUGUGUGUGUGUGUGUGUUGGGGGGAGGAGGGUCUAUUCACUGUGUGGAAUGGAUUGAGAAAAAUUUGGGUUCUUCAACAUGAAGGGAGGAACACCUUUUGUCUACACCAACUUUAUGUGCCUCAGAAGGGUCAGCAGAUGGCAGAGAACAAAUCUCAGUCUUGUUGGUCUAAUUUCCAUUGUUGCCCAAGGCUUUGCUAGAAAAGAGUGAAGAGCUUUGGGUGCCUCAUCCUGUGGCCUGGAAGCAAGUUUCCUUUGAGCCCAGAGUUCAUUUUGAGGAGGCCUAAUUGGUGUGAAAAUCCCCAGGGCUUCUGGAAACAACAUGAAUUGGGUCUCUUGUUCCGAGGGAAAUUCCCAUAUUCCCCAGCACUUUUCAGGGAUUUCUGGCUCCUGGAUCAGCCAGUCACUGGUGUCCCUGAUAUCCAGAAUCUCACAGGGCAAGGUGGGAUCAUAACAGGUGCAGAAACACUGAGGUAAUGGAGUGGGGAUGAACGUGGCAAAUGAGAGGAUAUGUAUGUCUUCUCCAGGAGGCAUCUACAAAUGUCCAUGUGAUUGUUGAGGGAUGAGAGUGUAUAGAACUCAGGACCUUCAAGCAGUUGUAUCUCCUGUGGCCAAUGUCAAUGUCUCAAGCUUUGUGGAUUCCUGUACCUCUCUGGGCUGAUGAUGUGGCCGUCAGUACCUGGGCAGGAACCUCAGCACUGACAAAGGAGAGCUCCGAGGAUAGGGCUUCUCUGACCCCGCUAGCAUUCCUGGGGACUGAAGUGGACAUGGAUUUCAUUGCUCCCCAGUUUUUGCUGACUUGAGGCAGGGUUCAUCCUCCUAAACUGUGGGGAGAGGGAUAUGGUAGAACCAAAAUAGUUGGCAGGUGUGACUUUCCAAGAGGUAAAUAGGGACUUUAUGGGGAACGUUUAAUUCUCAAAACUUUGUUGAAGUAUGACCGACAUGAAAUAAACUGCACAUAUUAAAGUAUGAAAUGUGUUUCAGCAUGUGUAUAUACCGGGGAAGCCAUCACCACAGUCAAGGUAACGAACUUAUACUCACACAACCGAAAGAUCUCUCAUACCGCUUUAUAAUCCUUUUAAUACCCUUCUCCACAAUUCAGAGGCAACAGCAAGCAUUUUCUAGAAUUUUAUAUAGACAGAAUCCUAUGGUAUAUACUUCCUGGGGAAGGGGGACUCUAGCCUUUGUCACUAUCCACAACUAUUUUGAGAUGACUCCAUCUCAUUGCAUGUAUCAAUACGUUGUUCAUUUGUAUUGAGUAUUAUUCCACUGUAUGCAUAUACCACAGUUGGUUUUUAUCCAUUCAACUAUUAGUGGAUGUUUGGAUUGUUUCCAGUUUGGGGCUGUUACAAAUAAAGCUGCACUGAGCUGAAGACGUGCACAAGUUAUCACUUGGUAACAUUUCACUAUAUAGAUAUAGCACAGUAUAUCUGCUCACCUACUGAAGGACUUCCUGGUUGCUUCCAAGUUUGACAAUUAUGAAGAAACCAGCAUACAUUUGUGUGUAGGUUUUGGGUGGAUGUCAGUUUUCAGUUCUUGGGCUCAAGCCAAGGAGUGUGAUCUGCUGGAUCAUACAGGAAGGGUAUGUUUAGAUUUGUAAGAAAUAGUCUUCCAAAGUGGCUCUACCAUUUUGCAUUCCCACCAGCAAUGAAUGAG